AUGAGCUUGCGCCUGCCUCAUCAAGCAGCCAAAAUUGUCGCCAUCAUCGCCAGUGUCCACGUCCAACUAUCCUCAAUUACUAACUCUGAUGAAACGAAAAGCAAGUUGUAUGAAGACCAAAAUGUACUCCUGGAGAAUGGGCCGAAGAUGAACAAGUUGGCUGUCCGUAGUGAUUUCAAUGCCUGCGUCGGGACGGACUGGGGGACAUGCAGGGAAGUGUUUUGUACGCACGGAUUUAGCAGCUGCAACGAAGUCGACCUCCAUCUUCUGCAAAUCAGCAUGGAACAUCGCCUUUUCCUUGCCAACAACUUCUUCCAACCGUCAACACAGAAGACGGCGACCUGGACACAACCCCGCCUCACGCGGCGCUGGCAGUUGCUGGAAUACGUUCUCGUGCGGAGACCGGAUCGACAGGACGUGAAGGUGACUAAGGCUAUCUACGACGCCCGUGGUGAACCGAUCACCAUCUCGUCGUCCUCACGGUGUGACUCUGUCUGA